UAUCAAUAUCGGAAAGAGUUCCGAAGGACCAGAGGCAAGAAAACAGAGAGGGAGAAAGGAGAAAGCAGCAGCAGAAGAAGAUGCCGGUGAUGGAGAAGCUGAAAAUGUUCGUGGUCCAAGAGCCCGUCGUUGCCGCAUCUUGCCUCAUCGGCGGCAUUGGUCUCUUUCUUCCAGCAGUGGUGAGGCCUAUACUAGACUCCUUUGAAUCAUCGAAGCAGGUCCCUCAACCUGUUUUGAGUGAUGUGGUUGCUGGUAUGACUGGUAAAAAGUAAGGUCCGUCUGGGUGAUGGAUAAUGUCAACGGUUUCUUGUAAUGUCUUAAUGCAAUUAUAAAUCUUUAAUAAGGUCCAGAAUUUUUUAAUUUUUGUCUCUAAUUAUGAACUGUUUUGUACUGAAAUUGAGCUUGAUCAUACUAGCUAGGCGUGUUGCUUGGACAUGCUCUGUCUUGUCUCCUUGGCUUUCUGUCCUUUCAAAAUCUUUAGUUAGUAUCCUGCAUGUCAUGUUUA